GCAGGAGAGGGAGGGUCAACAUGGCGUCUGAGCAGGAGAGUUCCAACGGGCCAGUGAAGAAGUCCAUGCGAGAGAAGGCCAUAGAAAGACGUAAUAUCAACAAGGAACACAACAGUAACUUUAAAGCUGGCUAUGUUCCCAUAGAGGAGGAGCGGCUUCAUAAGACAGGUCUGAGGGGACGCAAGGGAAACAUGGCUGUUUGCAUCAUCGUCCUCCUCUUCCUCCUUGCCUUAAUUAACCUCAUUAUCACACUAGUAAUAUGGACAGUGAUCCGUAUCGGUCCGAAUGGCUGCGACAGUAUGGAGUUCCACGAGACUGGCCUGCUGCGCUUCAAACAGAAGGCGGACAUGGGCAUCGUCCACCCACUACACAAGAGCACAGUUGGAGGCCGUAAGGACCAAGACCUGGUCAUCGUCGGUAACAAUUACCCGGUUGUGUUCCAGCAAGGCUCUACUAAGCUGAGUGUAGAAAAGGACAAGACCUCAGUCGUCAGUGAUGUGGGCAUAUCCUUCACAGACCCUCGCACACAGAACACGUUCUUCAGUACAGACUUUGAAAACCAUGAGUUCCAUUUGCCAAAAGGAGUCAAAGUCCUCAGUGUUAAAAAGGCUUCCACAGAAAGGAUCACUAGUAGUGCAGCAUCUGACCUGAACAUCAAGGGGGACAGCAAGGCUAUUAUUCGUGGUAACGAGGGGGUCAACAUCAUGGGCCGGACCGUUGAAUUCAAAAUGGGUGGAGGCAUCGAGCUCAGGGCUGAAAACAGCAUUGUCCUCAAUGGAUCAGUCAUGUUCAAUGCCACACGCAUCCCUAACUCUGCAGGAGAUCUGUAUUUCGAUGAGGGUCUGGAGAGGUACAAGCUCUGCAUGUGUGCAGAUGGGACUCUGUUCCGCGUGCAGGUGAAGUAUCCCAACAUGGGCUGCCAGACGUCAGAUAACCCGUGUAGAAAAGCUCACUAGGAGACUGGACUGGAAUCUGCUGAAUCUCACCACUGAAGUCAAAUUACAAAUUUUUACAUAUAGGAUAUUCUAUAGGAAAGUCAUCAUGACUCGCACAUAAUAAUACCUCCGUACUUCUCCUGACAAAUUCUGUAUUCCUUAUUUUGUUUGCAAAUCAGGAAUUGUGUUACAGAUUAUACCACUUGGCCAAAGAUAUUAACAUACAUGCUGAAGUAUUUUUAUUGUUCUGCAGAUUUGCCCAUUUUAUUUAAACUUGAUUAUGCCAUGUAAGCGCUUUACACUCCUGUAUUUAACAUAAUACUGUGGUUUACUCCGCCCAUUGGUAGCAGUUAGAAGCUACAGCAUUUAUUUUUGCCUUACCGUCCAGUAUUACUAAUACACACUCAGUUGACAGUUUAUUAGGUCCACUUAGCUAAAACUAGAUCGGUCUAAUACAACUGUCCAGCAGUAAACCCUCCGUGGUGAAGGUUACAAUGUUCAGUUUUUAUUGAAAUUGUUUUAGAAAGGUGUUGAUUCGACUGUAUGAUGAUUUUGGAGGAUGUGGUUUGUGGUGCUGCUGAACUGUGGUGCUUUAUACAGAUAGGUGCUCCUGUUAUUCAGCCUAAAUCUCACUGGUAUAACUGUGGUGGACAAAAUAACAGAAGCAUCUGUCUGUGUAAAGCAGUACAGUUCCACAGAACCACAAACUGCAGCCUCCAAAGAGACCAUAAAGUUGUGUCAACACCUCCCUAAAACUGAAGGGGGAGGAUUUAUUGCAGGACUGUUGUAUUAGACUGUAUUAGUUUUAGUUCAGUGUACAUAAUAAACUACAAACUGAGUGUACAAACCUUGGGGAGGGGUCGUAUGUGAUUUUAUUUGCUGUUCAUUGUUCCUGGCAGCUGUGUUUGAUAUUUUCUUUAUUAUUUUCACUGACAAGCGUGAGACACUAUAAGAUUUUAUUGAGUUAUGUGAUACUUGUUGGUAAAUUCCCACAGAAUUUGGGAUAAACUGUAAUACGAAAGAUAGAUUUCAAGCCAUUCAGUAAUGCUAAAGGACAAUAGGUCUUUUUCUGCACAUCUUGGACUGUCCAUCAUGCACGUGCCAAUGGAUUUACAAGGGAUGAUAUAUGAUACUAUAUAUAUAUAUAAUAUUCUAAUUUUGUUGCUAAAGCUUUUUUACAUCAGAGUAAUACGAUGUUGAAAAAAACAAGAGUGUUUGCACUACGUCAAACUACAGAUAAACGCAAAUCUCUUUAAAUGUUCUUGUUGAUGAAUUGUCAGGAGAGUUUCAAUCAUCAGGAACUUGGUUUGAAGCCUGUAUUGAGUGUUUUGAAUUUUGUGCAAUAUAAUAUAAAAGAUCUGACUUUUUUUUUGCUUUGUCUGUUUUAUAACAGCACUGAUCAUUUGUUAUUAAUGUCAUGAAGUAGUUGUUCUCAGAGCAUUACAGACCUGAUGCUUGUUGUAAAACAAAGGAGUGUUUUUGAUGCACUAAAUCAAAAACAGAAAAAAAUGGCAACCAGCCUUAUUUGAAAAUCUG